GCGCCGCCUCUCCGGGUGGUCUCGGUCCCGGAACUGUAGGCGCCGUGGGUCCGGGCGGACCGUUGCGGAGGCGACGCCGCCGGAAGCGUCCCGGGGUCGGCCGGAAGCGGUUUUUGGGGCGGCCCGGCCUGCGCCUGCCUCGGGGCCCGCGCAGGCUGCCCCAUGCUCAGGCCGGUGCCCGUGCUGCGCCUGCCCCGGGGGCCGGACGGGACCAGCCGCGGCUUCGACCCCUUCAGCCCCCGGAGCCUGGGGGCGGCGGCGGCGGCGGGGAGUCCCGAGUGGCGGCAGCGGCGGCAGCAGCAGGAGGUGCGGGCCGAGCUGCGGGAGCGCUACCUCCGCAGCGUGCUGUGCAUGAGCGGCCGCCCGGUCCGCUUCGCCCUGCACGAGCGCGUCCUCGUGUCGGCCCGCUUCGCCGCCUCCGACCUGGACGUGGCCAACUUCCACGUGUCCGAGCUGCAGACGCCGCUGGGCACGCAGCGGGAGGCCCUGCUCCGCUGCAGCGACAUCAUCGCCUACUCCUUCCAGCUGGACCCUCGGAACCCCCUGGCCGCCCCCCAAUAAACGCCAACACCCCCCCACCCCCGGCUCUCCGUGGCCUCGGCGGGGCCUGGGGGAUCCGCCGCCGAUCUGGGUUCUCAUCCUGACGCCGCCAUAAAAUAAAUGAACAAUAAUAAUAUUAUCAUGCUGUUUAUUAAGC